CAGGUACACAGGUGCUGGCCUUCGCAGAGCAGCUCGUGGAUGCACACAGAGCACCAUCGAUAGUGCUGGCACAGAGCGGCAGAGGUUGAGCUUACGACUUGUGCUGUGAGGCGACAACUUCGACCGCGGCCGCUGUCGUGGCGACAGCAGCAGCUACGAAGACAACAACAAGUUCGAAACGUCUACAGAAAAAAGUUUCAGAAGCGUUUCUCGAACUCGCAGAAGUUCGAUUGUGUAGUUCAUCAUUCAGUGCUUGUUCAACUCCGGUGCCAACCUCGGCGGCGCUCCAGCCAUGGCGACCGAGGGCUUCGUCGAGCAACAGGGGCCAAACCAUGUCGUGCGGUAUCGUCAGGACUCGAACCUGGAUGAGCUUUUCAAAGUUGCCAUGGAAGGUGGCGUCACAAAAACCGGACAGUUGCCCAUGCGGAUGCGGAACCUACCGCCCUCCUUCUUCCAGCAACCCGUAGAAGGCCCGGGUGGGAUUAUCCCGAGACCACAGAUAAACCACUCUCGGGCACAUUCGUCACCUGCAUCCCUGGAGCAAACCUACAGAUCGGCUCCUCAACAGCCCACGCACACAAGGCAACAGAGCUAUGAUCUCGUCGACGAAGAGCCUCUCCCAGAAGGCUGGGAGAUGGCUAGGACCAAUACCGGCCAGAGAUACUUCCUUAAUCACGUAACACACACUACUACUUGGGAAGACCCUCGUAAAAAACUUAAUGGUCAGCUCAGUGCCAAUCAUCACUCCACGGCUCCCCCGCCGCCACACACCACAAACCCCUCGGUGAUCAACGCCAAGACCCUGGGUCCCCUCCCCGACGGGUGGGAACAAUCCACUUCCCCAGAAGGCGAAGUUUACUUCAUAAACCACGUAGACAGAACCACGUCUUGGUUCGAUCCUAGAAUUCCCAUCAAUCUGCAAAAAGCCGCUAUACUGGCUCGCCAGCAGCAAACCACCGGAACGAUCCAGUUGGAGAAUCAAAAUCCCCAGAUGCACAGCCCCCUCGGAUCCAAUCACAACUUGAAUGCGGAUUCCGGAUCCACUGACAGUAUAAACGCAGUAUGUGCCGCCACAUCGACGCUCUCGUUAGCCCAGCAGCAGCUGCAGAGGCUUCAGCAGCUACAAUUGGAGCGCGAGCGGAUGAAACAAAGGCAAUUGGAAAUUCUCCGUCAACCCGCCUUCGGCCUAACGACCGAGCAAAACAACAAUACCAUCAAUCCCAAUCAACUGGCGGUGAACAACAAUAACAGCAAUAAUCUAGGCCACACCGACCCCUUCCUCGGCGGUCCUCAUUCGAGGCAAGAGUCCGCAGAUUCCGGGCUCGGACUCGGACCCAGUUUCUCCUUGCCCGAAGAGUUUCCUACUCCUUUCGAUAACAGCGCCAAUAUCGGUAGGUUCCGGGAUUCGGUCCGCGACUCGACACGUUUCCUCUAUAUUCCAGGAAUGGAAGACGCAUCGAUGGAUGCAAUGCCAGUCGGUGCAAUCGUGCCUGCAAACAACUGUGUAGCUCCGGAGCAAAUGGACUCCGACGAUUUGAUGCCAUCCCUCAACGAAAUGCCGGACAUGCCCGAUCUCCUGCCGGACAUGGAAGCCCUCUUAACCGACAACAAGGAUUCAGUGCUGACCUGGCUCUGA